AUGACAGUAUUGGAUGUCUUGGAACAUGUAAAAAUUACCCUCUUGCCACUGUGUCUGGAAUUAACUCUGUUCUUAUCUGGAUGGCCACCGAUUGGGAGAUCCCAAUACCACAGCCCCCCUGAAGUAGUGAUACCUUUGAGAGUCACAGGCACUUACAGAAGUAUGGAUGAUCCAGGUUGGAUCUCUUAUAGCCUACACUUCGGGGGUCAAAGACACAUUGUCCACAUGAAGGCCAAGAAGAAAUUGAUAUCCAGAUCUCUCACUGUGUUCACCUACACUGACCAGGGUGCUCUUCUUGAAGAGCAGCCUUUUGUCCAGAAUGACUGCUACUACCAUGGUUAUGUGGAAGGAGAUCCGAAAUCCAUGGUUACUCUUACUACUUGUCUAGGAAACAUUCAAGGAAUGCUGAGGACAAAUGGAAUCACUUAUGAAAUCAAGCCCAAAGUGGUUUCUGCCACAUUUGAACAUCUAGUGUAUAAGAUGGAUUGGGAGGACACAGAGUAUAUACCCAUAGGGUUUAGACUAACAAAAGAAGAAAUAGCAGAUCAACUGAAAUUUCAAGUGAAUGACAAUUCCACUCUGAUGCAAAGUUCUUAUACAGGAUGGUGGCUCCACCAAUGGUUUCUUGAACUAGCAGUUGUAGUAGAUCACGGAAGAUUCAUCUUCAGGAACAGAAAUUCAACAACUGUGGAGAUGGAUGUAGUCAUGGGUGUCAAUUUAGUAGAUGAUAUUUAUCACUCAAUUAAUCUUGAUGUGGUUCUAAUUGCAAUUGAAAUUUGGAAUGCAGGAAACCCCUAUACAGUAACUACCACACGCCACAUGAUGGAAAACUUCUGCAAAUGGAAGCAAUCCAGCUUCAAUAAACGUGUGGUUCAUGAUUCUGCACAUAUUAUUGUGAAGCAGGAUUUUUGUGUUAAUGAUCUUACUGUGUCCUAUUUUUCAGGAGUAUGCAAUAUUGAUUUGAAUUGUGGUUUAGAGUGCAUUAUGGAUGAUAGACUGGCUUCAUUUAGGACAUAUAUGACACAUGAGAUUGGUCAUGUGUUGGGGAUGGAGAAUGAUGAAGGAAAGUAUUGCACAUGUGGGAGAAACAUAUGCAUAAUGAACAAAAAGCUAGCACCCUCAGAUGCAUUCAGCAACUGUAGUUAUGAACAAUUCUUAGAGACUACUUCUAGAAAGACUUGUUUACGCAAUCUCCCAAAUCCAGCAACUAUUAUUACAAAGAAACGCUGUGGGAAUGGAGUGGUUGAAGGUAAAGAGGAAUGUGAUUGUGGUUCCUUAAAAUUGUGUGCCCAGGAUGUAUGUUGUUUCCAAAACUGCACUCUGGUAUCUGGGGCAGAAUGUGCUACAGGGCUGUGUUGCCAAAAUUGCAAGUUCAUGCCAUCAGGCACAUUGUGUAGGGAACGUGACAAUCAAUGUGAUCUCCCAGAGUGGUGUAAUGGAAGUUCUGGUGCAUGCCCAGAAGAUGUGUACGUGGAGGAUGGAAUCCACUGUGUGGGAAUGAGUGUUUGCUUUCAAAAGCAAUGUAAUACCCGUGAUGAACAGUGCGGAAAAAUUUUUGGUAAAGGAGCCAAGAAUGCGCAUGAGAACUGCUACCUAGAAAUGAACACUAGAGGAGAUCGCUUUGGUCACUGUGGUUUGAAAAAUACUAACUAUGUAAGAUGUAAUGAGCAAAACGCUCUAUGUGGGAGAGUACAAUGUGAGAACGUGACAGAAAUUCCUCGUUUGCACAACCAUUCUACUGUGCAUUGGACUCACAUCGAUAAAUAUAACUGCUGGAGUACUGACUACCAUUUUGGGAUGAGAGUACCUGAUAUUGGUGAGGUGAAGGAUGGUACAGAAUGUGGUUCAGACUUUUUUUGCUUAGGAAGGAAAUGUGUCGCUGUACAAUCAUGGGAACAAGCUUGUAUGCCUCAGUUCUGCAAUGAGAGAGGUAUAUGCAACAAUAAACAUCACUGCCACUGUAAUGAACAUUGGGCCCCACCCUACUGCCUGCACAAGGGCUCUGGAGGCAGUGUUGAUAGUGGCCCCCCUCCCAAGAGACCACCGAUCCAGGUGAUUUUCACUGUACUAGUUAUUUGGACUAUUAUUUUUAGUAUAUGUCUCUUCCUUUUACUUUGUCGUUUGUGUUUAGAGAAUAAAAGAUAUGAGCGAAAAAGGAGGUAUGUUGCAGCUUUAUCUAGGAAAAGAAAACGUGAUGUUAAGAAGUCACCGAAGAAAAAAGAGGAAAUUACUGGAACAGAACUUGAGGAAAAGCAAAAUAUUGAGAAUUUGUUAUCUGAGGAGGAAGAAGAGAAACAUGCUGAAGCUGAGGAAAGAGCCGAAAAUCCAAAUGCUCUACAAUAG